AUCUCCAAUUGUCUUUAACAUUGCUCAUGUUUUUGGAAAUGUUGAAGACAAUAACUUGCAAUCUAGAAGAGUUCCAGGUAUUAGAGGCAAUUUAAUAUAUGCAGAUACACAAGAUUAUACUUAUAUUCAAAAUAAUGUAUCCACCAAUCGAAGGUUUAUUUAAAUAAAAUAAUAAAUAUACAUGAAAAAUUAUAUAUAAAAAUAUUAUGGCUCUAGGCAGUUAAGAUGUUCAAGAUACAAACAAGGUUGUGGAUCAACUGCGUCCAUGUCAUUGAUCCCCGAAAAUGAUCCAAUUAUUAUGUACCAGCCACAUAACCAUGGACCAGGUCAUGAUAUUGAAAUUGGCUAUUUUUUAGCAACAUUAAGACUGAGGGCUUCAAACGAGGGUAUACCAGCAAGAGCUAUUUAUGAAGAUGUUUCUAGAAGAUAUCCCAAUGCAGCAAUAGAGGUGUCAAGAGAACAUGCACUUAGAGCAAUACGCCAUGUUCAGCGUAGAUUUAGUCCACAAGUACCGAAUACUUUGAGGGCUAUGAGAGAGACUAUUAUGUCUUUAAGAUGGCAUGGACGUCUCUUAAACGUAUUGGAUGAUAUUAACAAUGUCCCAUUCUAUCAAGGUAAUCUUGAAUACCUUGAUAAUAAUGCAGUUGUGUUUGGUGGUUUAAUAUUUGCUAAUGUGGCAUUUCUUCAACACUAUGCACCAUAUUUUCGCCAAGCUCGAGUUGUAGCAGUAGAUGGGACAUUUAGUGUUUUUCCUCGUUACCCAGCCGAUAUGGAGCAGUUUGUCACUAUUCAUGUGAUAUUAGACAACAUUUCUGUUCCUGUAUUAUAUGCCAUUCUGAAUCGCAGAACAGAAAAUGUAUGUAUUCGGUUAUGGCAAUUCUUGAGAAGAGAUUUGCCAUUCGAUAUUUUUGAUUGGGAAAAUUUACAAAUUAUUACAGACUUUGAAACCGCAAUGCGUAAUGAAGUAAGGAGAAUUGUACCUGAAUGCAGACUGAUUGGAUGUUGGUUCCAUUUUAGUCAGGUCUGUAUAUAAUAUCCUGUAAAAUUAUAUUUUAAAUUAAUUAAUUUACUUGAUUACAGAGUAUAGUACGAUUUAUUCAAAAUCAUAACAUGAUUCAGUUAGUCCGCAAUAAUAGCAAUAUUGCUAC